GUCACGCACUUCGCCAGUCACCCUGCUCCGCUGUUACAGUGUGGAGGCUGUGUUCGCUGUAGCUGCUAACCGUUGUUUUUCAGGUGAAGAUGGCCGCAGGUCCUCUCUCUGUAUCUUCCAAUGCCUCCACUAACAAUGAUGGGAUUCUCAUUGGCGACAAAUUUUACUCAGAAGUGUACCUUACAAUCGACAACUCGCUUGUACCGGAGGAAAGGCUCUCAACGACGCCGUCGAUGUUCGACGGCCUCGACCUGAACACAGAGGCCGACCUUCGUAUUCUUGGCUGUGAGCUGAUUCAGUCAGCGGGUAUUCUCCUCCGGUUGCCACAGGUCGCAAUGGCAACAGCUCAAGUACUUUUCCAUCGUUUUUUCUAUUCCAAGUCCUUCGUCAAGCACAGUUUCGAGAUUGUUGCCAUGGCUUGCAUCAACUUGGCCUCCAAGAUAGAAGAAGCACCACGGCGAAUACGAGAUGUCAUUAAUGUUUUCCAUCACCUGAAGCAGCUCAGAGGAAAAAAGACUCCAAGUCCAUUGAUACUUGAUCAGAACUACAUAAAUACCAAAAAUCAAGUCAUCAAAGCGGAAAGGCGGGUCCUGAAGGAACUUGGAUUUUGUGUGCAUGUCAAGCACCCUCACAAGAUCGUUGUCCUGUACCUUCAAGUCCUGGAAUGCGAGAAGAACCAGACAUUGGUGCAGACAGCCUGGAACUACAUGAACGAUAGCCUGAGGACAGAUGUGUUUGUGAGGUUUCAAGCUGAGACGAUUGCCUGCGCUUGCAUAUACCUUGCUGCCCGAGCACUGCAGAUACCGCUGCCAACCAGACCCCAUUGGUUCCUGCUGUUUGGAGCCACGGAAGAAGAGAUCAAAGAUAUCUGCAUCACCACCCUGAGGCUUUACACCAGGAAGAAGCCUAACUAUGAGCAGAUGGAGAAGGAGGUGGAGCGAAGGAAAGUGUUCUUGGCAGAGGCUAGGAUAAAGGCUAAGGGUCUGAAUCCUGACGGUACUCCUGCACUGUCCACGCUGGGUGGCUUCUCACCUGCUUCCAAACCGUCCUCACCUGUGGUCAAGGUGGAAGAGAAGUCCCCGAACCCCCAGAGUGUCAAACCAGUUAAAAAGGAACCAGACAACCGUACCCAGGUCAACAAGAGUCCACAUAAUGGGUUAAGGAAGGAGGUAAAGAUUGGGAGGAACAGUAGGAGUGGAAGUCGUUCUCGUUCGAGAACGCGUUCGCGGUCAAGAUCGCGCUCCUUUCGCAGACAUUACAACAGCAGACGCAGCCACUCAGGGACCUACAGUUCUCGUUCACAUUCUCGUUCUCACAGCCGUAGCCCAUCACCACAGCGGCAUCCGCCCUCGCCACUCCUCCCCCACCUUAAAUCCAAGUCCAGUCACCACAGUAAUAGCGACUCCAAGCCCAGCGGUCGUCACAGCAACAGCGGAGGUGGAGGCUCCGGUCAUAAAAGGAAGCGCUCGCGCUCUCGGUCGCGGUCCCGCAGUCCAGUCAAAGUAGAAAGGGACCGUGACAGAGAGAGGGAACGCGAGAGAGACAGAGACCGCAGCUCCUUCGACCUGUCGUCAAAGAAACACAAACAUGACCGAGGAGGUGGCCAUCGAGACCGGAGGGACAGGGAGCGGUCCCGAUCCUACGACAGGGACAGAGAGAGGGAGCGUAGCCACAAGAGCAAACACCACAGCAGUAGUGGGCACUCGGGACACAGCCGCCACCGUCGCUGAGACCUGAACCGACCCACUCUGGCUCUGGGGCUGAUGGUCACAUGAGUACUUUGAGUACAUGCAAAUCAAAUUAGACACACCCUCUGAACAUUGUUUAAAUUAAAUAUUUGUGCAGAAGGUAAAACGGAAGUUAACCAAACAUCCACGUAACAGAAGAGAUUUUUGUACCUUGCUUUGUUGAAGACCAAAAAUUUUCAAAAACCUUGUCGAAGCUGCCGUGACUGAAAACACGUUUAAUUGGAUUUGCUGUUUUGUAUACCAGCAGGUGUCAUUCCUACUGAAUUUGCUGGAUUUCUCAUACACACCCGGCAUCAGACCAUCAGCGUACACAAGUUGAUUUUAAUUUUUCUAAUUUUGUUGAAGUCGCAAAACAUCUGCCAGCAUUAUGAUUCAUCUCAGUGGAAACAGUGGAGCCAGAUAAGUCACCACGUGUCUCAUGUACAAAUGUCUUUGAUGGAAUCGGGUUGCUUUGAGUCUCAUACAGAGCAGCAGAUCUGUAGCUGACAUUUAUCUUGGGUGGUUGAUGGUUUUGCAUCUACAUGCAGACUGCAGCUGUCACCACCACCAUGAGGUGCUCUACGAUUACCUUUAAACAUCUGCCCAGACUGGCAAAGGCAAGGUUAUAGUGUGACAUCAGCUCCAGACCCAAACAUAUAUCCUGACAAACCAUCUAGCCUACCCAACCCAGCCCCCUCUUUUUCUUUUCCCCCCUCUUUUUUUAGUUUUACAUAUAAUGUUAUGGACAUUUGGGGGGGAAGACUUAUUUACAGUGUAAAGAUGGAUUGAUGACCACUGACAAUGUAAAUGCUUUGAUUUAUAAAAGCAAAUGGCUCAGUGGACGUACUGAAGAAUAAAUGUAAAAUAAACAUUCAGGAAAGAUCAAAAUGUUUGCACAGUCUUUGUUUUCUUUUUUAUUGAACAGAUAUGUUGCUGAUGCUGUAUUUUGUACAGUUUCAAAAGAAUACUGUCUAUUUGACUUUAUCUUUUUUCUUUUUCUUUUUUUUUUUUUUUUUGACCUCCCAGCAGGGAAUGCAGACUUACUGCAAAAAGAUUUUAGGGUUGUCCGUUUUGUUACACUGGUUUUUAGUCUGCACGUGUUCAUGUCCAAUUUUUAUUCAGUAAUAAAUGAGCUAUGCCACUGAACUGUA